AUGUCUUAUUCGCUUACAAUUGCUGCCAAGGCCCCUGUGGUUGCGUACGACGCACUCACAGCCGCUGCCUUCGUCAACUCUGAGACCGACAGCUCCAUCACGGUGGACUUUGUCGAUGAGAAGGCCGUUGACGGGGCCUCUGUUGUGCUCAAGGCCGGCACCGAGACCGUGAAGGACGGUGCUGUUGUUGAGAAGCUGGCCAGCGAGUUCCCUGAGGUGCUUGUUGGCGCUGGCCAGUCUGCUGAGUGGGUCCAGGUGGCCUCCAGCGAGCUCGUUGUGAAGGAUUUCAAGAAGCUGGCGGUCUCACUGGAGAAGCUGGAUGCUCACCUGAACCUGCGCUCCUUCAUCGUAGGAUACUCCGUCUCUGUUGCCGAUAUUGCGGUCUGGGGUGCGCUGAGAUCCAACGGUAUGGUUGGUUCCAUCAUCAAGAACACCGUCUACACGAACGUGACCAGAUGGUACCAGUUUUUGGAGCAGGACAAGAGAUUCGGAGGCAUGGUUGAGCUGAUGGCGAAGGCCGUUGCGGAGUUGAAGAAGAAGUCCAAGGUCAAGGCCGAUGGUAAGAAGGAGUCUCACAAGGCCAACUUCGACAUCGACCUUCCAGAUGCUAAGGAAGGCCAGGUGGUGACCCGUUUCCCACCAGAGCCAUCUGGGUACCUGCACAUUGGCCACGCAAAGGCUGCUAUCUUGAACAAGUACUUUGCGGACCAGUACAAGGGUAAGCUGAUCAUCAGAUUCGACGACACCAACCCUUCGAAGGAGAAGGUUGAGUUCCAGGACUCCAUCAUCGAGGACUUGAAGUUGCUGGGUAUCAAGGGUGAUAAGCUGACGUACUCCUCUGACUACUUCCAGGAGAUGUACGACCUUGCUGUCCAAUUGAUCAAGGAAGGCAAGGCCUACGCAGACGACACCGUCCAGGAGAAGAUGAGACAGGAGAGAAUGGACGGUAUCGCCUCCGAGAGACGUGAUCGCUCAGUCGAGGAGAACUUGAGAAUCUUCACCCAGGAGAUGAAGAACGGUACCGAGGAAGGGUUGAAGAACUGUAUUCGUGCAAAGAUCUCUGUCGACAACCCUAACAAGGCCCUCCGUGACCCUGUUAUCUACAGAUGUAACUUGACUCCACAUCAUAGAAGUGGGUCAGAGUGGAAGAUGUACCCAACAUAUGACUUCUGUGUGCCAGUCGUCGACUCCUUGGAGGGUGUUACCCAUGCCUUGCGUACCAUUGAGUAUAGGGACAGAAACCCACAGUACGACUGGUUCUUGGAGGCAUUGAAGCUGAGAAAGGUGCACAUCUGGGACUUUGCCAGAGUCAACUUUGUCAGAACACUGCUGUCUAAGCGUAAACUGCAGUGGUUUGUUGACAAGGGCUACGUCUCCAACUGGGAUGAUCCAAGAUUCCCUACCGUCAGAGGUGUCAGAAGACGUGGUAUGACUGUUGAAGGUCUGAACAACUUUGUCAUCUCUCAAGGUCCUUCAAGAAACGUCAUCAACUUGGAAUGGUCCAUCAUCUGGGCCAUGAACAAGAAGGUUAUUGACCCAAUUGCACCACGUCACACUGCAAUCGUCAGCCCAGUCAAGGUCCACAUCGAAGGUGCGCCAUCUGAGCCUGUUGUUGAGAAGAAGCCAAAGCACAAGAAGAACCCAGAUGUCGGUGAAAAGGACGUUAUCUUCUACAACCAGGUUUUGAUUGACCAGGACGAUGCCAACUCCCUGGAGGAUGGCGAAGAGCUCACCUUGAUGGACUGGGGUAACAUUAUCGUCACCAAGCUCAACAAGGAAGGUGACAAUGUCACCUCCAUCGAGGCCAAGCUUCACCUGGAGGGUGAUUUCAGAAAGACCAAGCACAAGGUGACUUGGUUGGCUGAUACUCCGGAGAAGGUUGAUGUUGACCUCGUUGACUUUGAUCUCCUGAUCACCAAGGACAAGUUGGAAGAAGGUGACGAUUUCGAAGACUUCAUCACCCCAGAGACCGAGUUCCACACUGCUGCUCUUGGUGAUUUGAACAUCAAGAACAUGAAGGUUGGUGACAUUAUCCAGUUUGAGAGAAAGGGUUACUUCAGAUUGGACAAGAUCGAAGAUGGAAAGUACACUUUCUUCACCAUCCCAGACGGAAAGGUUGUCAACAAGUACGGUGCUAAGAAAUAA